UGCAACCAAGGAGAGGUGCUGUAGGUUGUUUGGUUGUAGGUUUUAGGUUGUAGGUUCAAGGUAAGGUUAGGUUAGGUUUGGUCAGGUUUGGUUUGGUUAGAAAGCAUAUCUGAUCUGGAUAUUGUGCCUCUCCCUGUUUGCAAAAAGUAGUGACACCUGCUUAGUGCUUUAAGACCACCUUAUAUUAUAUAUAUUAUAGGACUCAAAUGAACUUGUUGUAGUUUGAGGUAUGUCCCCUAUACUCUAACCCUAGCUGCCUUUGACACACUAUGAUGUGGAAAGGUCCAUGAGCUGUCAAGAAAACAGAUGUGGGUCAUGCCACACAUGGAGUGUGAAGUCUGGCUCAAGAGUCAAUGUUGCAAUGGGUCGCUUACGUAAGCGCUAUAAUGAGAAGGCCAGGCAAAAGAAGGAUAUUAAAAUUCAACACGCACCAGAAGAAAAGAUACCUGUGGUUGCAACUGAGCUGAAGAACCAACAGCAAGAUGACUCAAAUGCUUUGAUCCUGCCCAGCAAGAAGAGGAAUACAAAAGAUGUUACCAAAAGCUUAACUCCAAAGAAGCUGCUAUCAAAGAAGCAAAGGAAGAAAUUAGAACAGAUUGUUCAGCGCAAAGAGAAGAAACAGAAGCGGGCCGGCCUCCUGGCGUCGCUGCAGCAGGUGCAGGGCGAUGCCUCGCUGCUGGACCGGCUGACCGGCGUGACCAGCGUGCAGACCACGGGUCUGAAGCGCGCCGCUGCCCAGGAGAGGCUGCGCUCGGUCGGCGGGAAGCGGCGCCGCACACACGGGGAGGAGGAGGAGCGAGAGGAGGGCGCCGAUCAGCCGCCCAGCGACCCCAACGUCAUCGGAACAGAGGUGGUGAUGGAAAGUGAAUCAGAUGAUGAUGAAGACGAAGAGGAGGAGGAGGAGGAGGGUGAUGCACCGGACGGAGAGGAGGACGGAGAGACGUCUCCGACAGAGCCCGAGUCGGCGUCGUCGGCGGGCCAGACGCCGAGCACCAGCGGCGAGCCGGCUGCGAAGGCGGCACGGACCGCCGGACCGGUCAAGCAGCCGGCCGAGGACUCAGACCUCCGCCUGCAGUACACGCCGGUGGUGCGGGACCGGGAGAUCCAGGAGGCGCGUCUCAAGCUGCCCAUCCUGGCCGAGGAGCAGCAGAUCGUCGAGGCGGUGCGCGAGAACCCGGUGCUCGUGUUGGCCGGAGAGACGGGCUCGGGCAAGACCACCCAGGUGCCCCAGUUCCUCUACGAGGCCGGCUACGCCAGAGAGCAGCUGAUUGGUGUGACCGAGCCGCGCCGGGUGGCCGCCGUCAGCAUGUCACGGCGCGUGCGCCAGGAGAUGGGCCUCACCGCCGACCAGGUCAGCUACCAGAUCCGCUUCGAGGGCAACACCACCGACAGCACGCGCAUCAAGUUCAUGACCGACGGCGUCCUCCUCAAGGAGAUCGAGACGGACUUCCUUCUGAACAAAUACAGCGUCAUCAUCAUCGACGAGGCCCACGAGCGCAGUGUCUACACAGACAUCCUGAUCGGCCUGCUGUCGCGCAUUGUGCCGCUGCGCAACAAACGCCACAGGCCGCUCAAGCUGGUCAUCAUGUCUGCCACGCUGCGGGUGGAGGAUUUCACGGCCAACAGGCGGCUCUUCAAGGUCCCGCCGCCAGUCAUCAAGGUGGAGUCUCGCCAGUUUCCUGUCACCGUGCACUGGAGCAAGCGGACUCCGGACGACUAUGUGGGCGAGGCGUACAGAAAGGCGUGCAAGAUCCACCGCACGCUGCCCGACGGCGGCAUCCUCAUCUUCGUCACAGGUCAAAAUGAGGUGAACAGCAUUAUGCAGCGAUUGAAGAAGACGUUCCCCUCUAAAACCCAGCGCAAGGAGGAUGCGAAAAGCAAGGAGGGUCAGAAAGCCGCGCCUGCCGAGAAGAAACCGGAGCUGACAGAGGAGGAGGAGGAAGCCAUCUUCUUCAACCCCAAGCUGAAGAAACAGAGGAAACACAAGAGCAAUGAGCUGCCGGAGGUCAACCUGGACAGUUACGCCAUCGAGCCUCCCUCGGCGGAGGCCGAGGACCUGUUGGAGGGCGCCGACGGCGAGGGCGACGACGGCGACCUCGAGGAGGACGGCGACGAGGAUGAGCGCGCGGCGGCGGCGGUGCCCGGCGCCGACCGCCACCCGCUGCACGUGCUGCCCCUCUACGCCAUGCUCUCCACCGAGAAACAGUCGCAGGUGUUUGAGCCGGUCCCCGAGGGCGCUCGGCUCUGCGUGGUGGCCACGAACGUGGCAGAGACCUCGCUCACCAUCCCCGGAAUAAAGUACGUCAUUGACACGGGCAAGGUGAAGCAGAAGCUGUACGAGAAGACGACCGGCGUCUCCGCCUUCCAGGUGAUGUGGGAGUCUCAGGCGGCGGCCAACCAGCGGGCGGGCCGCGCCGGCCGCGUGGCUCCCGGCCACUGCUACCGGCUCUUCUCCUCGGCUCUGUUCAACGACGAGAUGGAGCGGUUCGCGCGGCCAGAGAUCCAGCGCAAGCCCGUCGAGGACGUGCUGCUCCAGAUGAAGGCCAUGCACGUGGACCGCGUGGUGAACUUUCCGUUCCCGUCGCCGCCGGACCGGGAGCAGCUGCGCGCCGCGGAGGAGCGGCUGGUGCAGCUCGGCGCGCUGGAACGGCCGCCACCGCCGCCCCCGGGAGCGGAUAAACCGUCUGCAGAGCCGGAGACGCGCGUCACUGACCUGGGCCGCGCGAUGGCCUGUUUCCCCGUGUCGGCGCGGUUCGCCAAAAUGCUGGUGCUCUCUGAGCAGCACGAGCUGCUGCCGUUCACCGUGUGUCUGGUGGCGGCGCUCAGCGUGCAGGAGGUGCUCCUCGAGAACCCCGUCACCGCCGAGGACAAGGAACAUGCCAAGCAGCUGUGGUCGGAGUGGAUGACCCUGCGCCGCUCGUGGGCCGGCACCGGUAACUCGCUGCUGCUCGGGGACGCGAUGGUGCUCAUUAGGGCCGUGGGCGCGGCAGAGUACAGCGGCUGUACACCAGAGUUCUGCCGCCGCUACGGUCUGCGUCUGAAGGCGAUGCGCGAGAUCCGCAAGCUGCGCGUGCAGCUGACUAACCAGAUCAACCUGGUGGUGCCGUCGGCGGCGCUGGGCGUGGACCCGCGCCUGGCGCCGCCGUCCGAGGCGCAGUGCCGCCUGCUACGCCAGGUGCUGCUGGCCGGCCUGCCCGACCACGUGGCGCGCCGCGUCGACCCGCAGGAGAUCAACAACCCAGAGGACCGGCCCAAGUGGAAGGGUGCCUACAGGUGUACCAGUAUCGAGGAGCCAGUGUUCCUACACCGCGGCUCCGUGCUGAGGAAGGAGGCGCCCCAGUAUGUGGCCUACCAGGAGAUCUACGAGACCAACAAACUCUACAUGCGCGGUGUGACCGCAGUGGAGCCCGAGUGGCUGGCCACCCUCUGUCCUGGCCAGUGCACCUUCAGCAAACCGCUCGACGAGCCGCCGCCAGAGUUUGACCCCGUGUCGGGCAGAGUACGGUGCUACAUGACAGCCACCUUCGGCCGGGCCGUGUGGCCGCUGCCGCCGGUGCAGCUCGACUACCCGGCCGGCCUGGACCGCUACCGGCUGUUUGGGGUACACCUGCUGCGCGGAGACGUGUGCCCCCGACUGGCCGAGCUCGCCAGGGUGCUACUGGCGCCCCCCGCCACCAUGACCAAGAGCUGGGCCAGGCUGCACCCGCGGACGGACAGUCUGCUGAAGGCACUGGUGGCAGAGAACUGCGACAACCGGGACACCUUGUUGGAUGUGUGGCAGCGGAGACCAACCUACCUGCUGUCGGCGUACAAGGAGUGGAUCCCGGAGAUCCUUCACGAUAAGGUGGCUCAGCUGUGGCCGCCGUGCGACAGGCCGGCCGAGUCAGAGUCGUAGUCGCGGCCGACUGAAUCGAGUCAUGGAGUCAGGGAGCGGAGUCAGGGCCGGGAUGAGGGCGGUGGUAGACCAGCGACCCACAACGGGCCAACACUCUGCCAUUUCAGCUCCGUGCUGCUAGUUUCAGGCGUCGCUGGAAGAUAAUGUACCUGGAGCGACUGAAGGAUUAUGUUUCUGGAAGCCCGUGGGCUGUAUGACAUCAUCGUGACCAGGACAAUGUAUUUGGCUAUGCAGAAGUAGUGGCGACCCGUUGCUACGUUUGUGACUGUGAUGGGCUUGCGUUGAGCAUAAGUGGCCUAACGUACUGGGUUGAUAUGGGCUUGAUAGUGUGUCUGUUUGCAGCGUGUUGUUGGUUGAUCCGUGCGAUGUCUGGUAAACGCUUAGGGUUGUUGACUGUUGAGCCACCCGCAUCACCCGGAUACGGAUUUUUGUGCGACGGCGGAGGCGGGGCCGCGUCUCGAAGCCGUCUUUUACCAGGGCUACCACAAGCAGGUGAAAAUGAACGUGUUGAAUUUCAUAAACGCUCAUUUGUUCAUACAUAAAUACUACUACAUCGGUACGGUA